AUGAUGAGACCAACUUUUCCGAUAACUCAAAAAUGUAUAUUUAAAGCAGGUACUAAAUACCCAAACAAAACACUAAACAAUACCAAGACGGCGAUAUCUGUUAUGUUCUCAGCUACGGCAAGUGGAGAAAUUUUCCCACCACAUGUCGUAUACAAAGCAGACAAUUUGUGGACAAAUUGGUGUACAAACGGGCCUGAAGGAACCAUAUACAACAAAACCAAAUCUGGUUGGUUCGAUUCGUAUACUUUUGAAGACUGGUUUAAUACCAUAAUUAUCCCAUGGGCAGUGAAAACCACUGAUCCUAAGGUUUUAAUUGGAGACAAUUUAUCGUCACAUAUGAAUGUAAAUAUAAUAACUAAGUGUGAAGAACAUAAUAUCAGAUUUAUCUUUUUGCCACCUAACUCCACUCACUCCACUAAACCUCUCGAUGUGGCCUUUUUCGGCCCAUUGAAGAGAGAAUGGAGGCGAAUUUUAACGGACUAUAAAGUUCGACACCCAAGUUCUAACACAUUAAACAAACAAAUAUUCCCCGAAUUAUUAAAAAUGUUACUAGAUGCAACAAAAAUUACACAGAAUAAAAACAUAAUUAGCGGAUUUCGUGCUCCUGGGAUACACCCCAUUAAUCCAGAAGCUAUAUUAAAGAAAUUGCCAGAUUAUCGUAGGCCACAAGCAAACAUUACUUACGAUGAGACUUUUGUCAAUUAUUUGAAAGGUUUAAGAAACCCGGCGAACCGGCAAAUAAGAAAUACAAAUAAAAAAAUAUUUAUAGAGCCUGGAAAAUUAGUAACUGUUACCGAUCUCGUAAAUGAAAAAACUCAAAAACGAAAAGCACCAGAUACAACUCUUAGUAACGCAAAAAGACUCAAUCCUAAGAAGAAUAUCAUCCCCAAAGAAAUCCAAUUACGGGAAGACAUGAAAGAAACACAUUCAACUAUUGCAGAUUCUUUGAUUAUAUAUAAUCAAAGUGUGGGUUAUACUUUUGACAAUGUCUCAUUACACGUUAAACGAGAUUCGUCAUCCGAUGCUGACAAUAACCAACUUAUGACUAAUUUGAUAGUAAAUGCUGAAAUACGAGUACAUCAAAAACAUGUAGAUAUGGAAUUAUCUGACCAGAAAAAUACUAAAAGUAUUUACAACAUUCAACCAGGCGUUAUUGUGAAUGUUGAUAAAAAUUUAUGUUUAUCAAAUGACCGGACUUUAUUCAAAAAUAUUUCUAACUUUGGUGCAACUACAUCAAAUGAAACUAUGACGAAAAGCCGAAUUCUCUCCAAUGUAAUUAUAAAAUCCCCAGAUAGAAUCUCAUUUGAUGAUAGUGUUUCAGAUGACUAUACUAAGCAUGAAAAGGUGUUUCCAAAAAGUAGGAGCAAUCAAGGUUCGAGUUCAGAAAGCUCAGGAAUGUAUACUGUGCAUGAUUCGUCUUGUGAUGAACAUUUUCUUCCAUCUUUAAGUGACACGGAAACGUACAUAGACGAAAUGUAUGAAGAAUUGGAACAAAAUAUUGAUAAAGAAAAUGAUAUGUAUGAAAUAGGUAUUGAUAAAUAUGUUCUUGUUAAAUUUUCAACAUCAAAGUUGGCUAAAUAUUAUAUUGGUCUAGUAAUCAAGUACAACGAUUUGGAGCGCGUAUAUACUAUAAAAUACUUAAGAAAAAAUUCAAAAGGUACAUUUUACUGGCCACUAGUAGAUGAUGUCUCAGAAAUAACUUUACUUGAUGUAGAAAAACGUUGCCAAAUCCACAAGUUGGACGUAGAGGGACAUUAA